CAGCGUCAGCACAAUGCUCUCUUCAGACGUUGUGUCUAGAAAUGAAAAUAGUGGUGAUUGGUUGUGGUACUGUUGCUGUUGCUGCUAUCAUAGGCUUUGUUUUUAUUGCAUGUAGAGGGUCGAAACGAAGAGAGCCACCUCCGAAGAAGCACCACCCAACCAUUAGGAAGUCUAAAAUAAAAAGUGUUGUAGUCUACGAUGAAAUUGAUGAAUCACCAGUUAAUGAAAAAGUAAAGAACAAGGAAGAUAACAGGUAUAGAUAUGAAGAAGUAGUUAUCAAAAGAAGUAGUGGACUGAACUAUGACGAUCUUGUGCAUAGACGACGUAAAUCUAAAAUUCCAACACCAAGAGGGCUGUUCAAGAAAAAACGAAGGGUUCAAGUAUUAAAGUCGCAAAUAACAGCCAAAGAUAAUGUGUAUUCUGUUGAUAUUCUUGAGAGUGAACAUGACAACGAACCAAUAUCAGACAAUAAAGAUGUCGAAAAACCGGCAGUCAUUGAACUAGAACAGUUUGAUGCAGAAAAGAAAACACAAGACAUAAUUAUAAGUGAAACAAAUGAUACCAAGUGUUCUUUUAUAGAAAACGCUCCGAGUGAAAAUACCAACAAAACGAACGGGGAUUGUGCAAUUAGCAGCGAAAUUUCAAACACUGAGACAUCGAGUACUGAUUCUAAAAAAGUGCAAACAGAGGAAAAUAAACUUGAUAAACCUACAAUCGAGAGUAAUAAGCUGAUUGGAAAUCAAAAGGAUAAAAAUGAUAGUUUCGAAAUUUCAAACACAGAGACAUCGAGUAUAGAUUCCGAAAAAGUGCAAAUACAGGAAAAUAAACUUGAAAAACUUAAAAUCGAAAGUAAAAAGGUGAUUGGAAAUCAAAAGGAUAAAAGUAUCAGUUGCGAAAUUUCAAACACAGAGACAUCGAGUAUAGAUUCCGAAAAAUUGCAAAUAAAGGAAAACAAACUUGAUAAAAUGACAAAUGAGAGUUUUAAGCUGAAUGGAAAUCAAAAUGAUAAAAAUGAUAGUUGCAAAACUGAUCAUGCACUGAGAGAGACGGACUCUACAAUGAAUAAUACAGCCAUCAGGACAAAAGAAGUUUUGACAAGGCUAAACCAUGAAACAAGCGAAACAUCAAACUAUGACAAUUCUUUAAAUUUCCUGAUAGAUAGAACUAAAGGAAAGCCGCCUAAAGUACAUGCUAAGCCUAGUAAAAUCACAAAAAAUAAUAUUACUGGUAGUUCACAUUAUCAGAUGAAACCAUUCACACAACAGGGUAAUGAAAGUGAAAAAAUCAGUGAAAAGAAAAAAGACCCAAUUGACCAAGUAGACGAUCGAAUAGAGUAUAUAAAUCUCAGGUUGAAAUGAGAUAUAUCCAGACAUCUAGAAAUUUGCAGUUCUACCAAAAACCAUAAUUAAGUAAUAAGCUGUGAUAAAUUGAUUUCAUGCAACGACGAUUUUCAUAUAAGUUUAACCAAUCCCUCGUUUUACUAACUUAUUAUCGCAGCAACCAUCAAAUACAAGACAAAAAGAAUGAAGGAGUCUAUAUAACAUUUAGUCUACUAGUAAAUUAAACAUCAUAUUGUCAUAUAAGUCAUCAUAUGUAAUAUUAGUUUAUAAAUUUCA